AUGACAUUCAACAAAAUCACACCCACUUCCAAGGGUUUCGGACUCAUGGGCUUCACAUGGAGAGAAACCGAGACCCCCGAUGAGAUUGCCUUCCCCACCAUGAAGCGAGCCAUUGAAAAGGGCAUUCUUGUGUGGAAUAGCGCCGAGUUCUAUGGUACCAAGGACCCACUAGGCAACCUCAAGUUGAUUCGACGAUACUUUGAGAAGUACCCCGAAGACGCCGACAAGGUGUGUCUGAUGGUCAAGGGAGGUCUGGGACCCAACUUGGUGCCCAAUGGCUCCAAGGAGUUUGUGCAGAAGUCCAUUGACACUGUUCUGGAGACUCUGGGAGGCUCUGUUCCUGUGAGCAUCUUCCAGUGUGCCCGUGUGGACCCCAAUACCCCCAUUGAGGAGACGGUCGCUGCCAUCAAGGAGUAUGUUGAUGCUGGCAAAAUUGGAGCUCUGGGUUUAUCUGAGGUCGGGGCUGCCACCAUUGAGAAGGUCCACUCUCUCAGUCCCAUUGCUGCUGUUGAGAAUGAGCUAUCUCUGUGGGCCACCGAUAUCUUCACCAACGGUGUUGCUGAAGUCUGUGCCAAGUACAACAUUCCCAUCACUGCCUAUGCUCCUCUGGGCUCUGGCGUGCUUACUGGCCGGUUCAAGAGCACCCAGGAUGUGCCUGAGGGAGACGCCCGAAAGCACAUGGUCAAGUACCAGGAGGAAAACUUGAAACAGAAUCUCGUUCUCGUUGACCGACUUAAGGAGGUGGCCACCAAGGCCGGUAUUCCUCUUCCUCAGAUGGCCAUUGCAUGGGUCAAGGCUCAAUCUAACCACAAUGGCCAUGGAACCAUCAUCCCUAUCCCAGGUAACACCACUGUUGCUCGGCUCGAGGAGAACCACAAUGAUCUCACUCUGUCGGCCGAGACUCUCAAGGAGAUUGAUGAUGUUCUGAAGAGUACUAAGAUUGUUGGAGAUCGAGGAUUUACUCUUGGUGGAGAGUUUAUGAAUGGUUAA